AUUUGUCAAUUGUCAAUGUCAACGUAUAUAUUUUGUCUUGGUUAUUGAUAAUAAUUUUCAAAUUUUAAAUGCUCUGAAAGGUAUUUAUUUACUAAGACUUCUGAUAUAUAAUCAAAAAGAUGUUGAAGUUCAGUGGGUUGGUAGUUUGGAGGUUAGGAUCACGAAACAUUGUAAGGAAGUACUCAGCUCCUGGAGUAACGAUGUUUAAAUCGGAAAAAACAGACUCCCCUACAAAUAUACCUGAUAAAAAUGUACAGACACCUGAAUCAGUCGGCAAAGAAAGUUCAAGGCUAGUUGCAGCAGCAUUUGCGUCACUCAAUUCUCCUGAAGAAGACAGCAAAAAGAAGCCAAGUACAAAAUCCAUAAAGUUGAACCGCACCCAACAGCUUGACGGGCAAAUACUGAGUGCAAAUGAUGUGAAUAGCUUGUUGAUUGUGGCAGAAAAUCCUGUAGUGUCUAGAAGACAUGCUCUAAAGAUGGUGUCAGUACUGUCCGAGUGGUCCAGUAGCAACAAAGUAAAACUUUCAGACUUUGAGAAGGACCCUCGCUUCCUUAAACUCUGUCGCAUCUUGGGGAGGUCAUCAGCCUCUCAAACAAUGACUUCUUUGACCAUGGCAGAGGACUUGGGCACUGUACUUGGUAUAACAGGAGAUGAUGAGGCAGCGAGGCUCAUUGCCAAUCUGUCAUUACCACAGAUGAUUAAGGUCAUGAAGGCUCUUCAACAAAAGGGUCGUCGCAGUACGCCCUUGUUACGAGCCCUAUCCUACAACAUCACAAAGCAGCCAGAUCCUAUUGAUCUCAAGAAGUCAGCUGAUCUAUUGUUCUCUAUGGCCGCUCUGAAUUUUCCUGAUCCAGUACUACUUGACAGGAUCUGCAAUGACGUGAUUGAGAGCUUGCCAUCAAAUGCUGACAAUGCCGUGGUGAGCUCGGUGCUGGUGUCGCUGGGACUCCUCAAGUACCGGCACGAGGCGGCGCUGGGCGCGCUGGUGGAGUGGGCGCAGGCGCGGCGCGACGUGUGCCGGCCGGGCGACGUGGUGGCCGCCGUCGUCACGCUCGCCACGCUCGACUACGUGCCCGUGCACUGCGACUGGUUGCUGGAGACAGCCGUAUCUCUGAAGGAGGAGGAGAUGGUGAAAGCGUCGUCGUGGCUGGACCUGGUGUUCUCGCUGCUGAUCCUGGACAAGGCGGAGCAGCAUCACCUAGCUUCUACGCUGCGCCCGGAGUUUAUCGACAAACUGCUCUCUGCUGGUGAAAUACCAAUCCCGUCCCGUCGCAAGCUCAUGACGAUAGACGCGUACGUAGGGCUCAAAUUCCCGUCCACAUCUCCUCGGCUGCCUGAAGACAUAUCUGUGGGCGUGCCCAUCGUGUAUACAAAGGAAAAGUCACUCUAUGUGCAGAGUAUCAUGGACACGUUCAAGAGUUUAGUCUCCUCAGAGACGUUUCUGAGGCGAGAGUGCCAGUCCGGCAUGGGAUUUAUAUAUGAUGCUGAAUUUGCUGUGGACUCCAAAUGCUACCCCGUGCCUUUAGAUAAAGCGGCUAGCAGAACAGAUGUACACAGGAUAGCAGUGUUGGGGCUGGACUACCACGACCUCGCCAGGAAGGUGCCCGUGCCGCUCGGCGUCAACAAACUGUACAGCAGAUUAUUGGAACUCAAGGGUUACAAAGUAUUAGAGAUCCCCUACACGGAUUUCAACCCCAAGGACAAGUUGGUGACAAGGGUGCAGUACAUCGAGAAACGGCUAAAGCAGUUAGUGAGUCAAUGAAGUGCGAUGUAGAAGUUAUUAGGUAUCCAAUUGUAUGAAAUAGUCCGAACAUUAUGGAGUUCACCUCAAGAGGCGCGGUGUUUUGUUACUGUAAUAAAUCGGCUUGACUUCGUUAAAAAAAAGUCAAUAAUAAUUUGCUUUGUGAAAUCCAUUGAUCAAAAUAAUCAUUGAAUCAAUUUGAGCAAUGAUCAUUGAAUAAAUCAAUCAUUACAAUAAUUUUAAAGUGAUGGUGAUGAGGUAAUUAUAGCUGAAACUCAUUGACCUCUUAUAAUAAAAAGACGCACAAUCAUGUAGAAAAUUUCGCUUAAAAACUGGCCUAUUUUGCUUUGACAGUUUUAGAAUUAUUGGUAAAGAAAAUUAUACCUAAAGGCCUAUAAAUAUAGUCCAAUAUUCAAUAAAAUACCAAAUUUAGAGAAAAUUCAACGUUAAGGAUUGAGUUUAAGGUUGAAUUUUCAAAUGCGACUACUUGAAUUGAGUGCCAAGAAGUUGUGUUUGGCACUCAUUGACUGGAGACGUUUUUUGUCCGCUGAUUGUGCAUCUACUUUUUAAUAGGAGAUCGAUGCCGAAACUAUAAGAUAAAUCUCAAUCAGAGAAGCCCACGACAAGCUUAGCCAGGUUUAUAUUGUUUUUAUUAUCGCCAUCUCGCAGUAUUAUUUAGAACUAACAGCAAUCACUUUUGCUAUAUAAAUAAAGUCGAGAAGAUAACAUGACAACCAACACUCGAAAUAUGAGAAAAUAUUUCAACGGUAGCAAUGUCAUUAAUAAAAAUUUAUUUAAAAAAAAUAAACCAAAAAAUUGGUAAACAUGACCAAUACAAUAUUAAGUUCAUAACUCAUUAAACCCGACUUCAUCGCUCCACCCGCGUGUCUUUAUGCGUUUAGAAUUUUUACAAACUUCGAUGGAUGUUUUCACUUAUUGUGUCAACUCGGUAACGUCAAUAGUGGGCCCAAGAUGCGUAUAACAUAUCUCAAGAUGAAAGAAAGACAAUUGUUGACCAAUAGCGGCGUAAUAUAACUUCUUUCGUUGCUGUUGGAAUAUAGCAAAAUCGUACGUCUAUAGUACAGUGGUAGUCUGUGAUAAGAUGUUAAUUGUCUGUGGAUAUUGUUUGUUCAACCCGUUACUAAUUUUACUAAUAAAUAAAUGGAACAGUCGAGCAGUGAAUGUCUUUUCCUUUUACUUCUGGGCUCAUAUACGAUUCCCGAUUUAUCCCUAAACAGAGAGCAAUGUUUUCGAUUCUGUAGCUUGUGGUUUGCUUUUCACUUAUCUCGAGAUAUGUCUUUAUGUGUAUCAUGAUGUACGCCAAGAGAUAUCGAUAUAAUUUUGUCUACAUAUCUCUUUCAUCCCAUCGCAAUGAAAGACAGAGCGAUAUUUAUUCUGAUUUACUUGUUCUGAUUCUGAUUGACUACGCAUUGCGCAUUGUUAACGGUUGCCAAGUGGUAAAUACGGACGGGUCUUGUUACAGAGUUGUUUUAAUGAGCUAUGACUAUGUAUGUAUGUACGUAAAUGUAAAUUAUUAUUUGUAUUAAUUAAUGACGGAUAUUAGGAAGGUUUUACACAGUAAAGUCAGCCGCUUAUUGUGAGGCAGUCUAACGUAAUAUUAUCGCGCGGUGUCACGAGUUAUAUGUAAAAAUGUAUGGUUAUCUAUAUGUAGCUGGAUUACACUUUAAAUUAAAGGAGAUGGUCCAAAAUUGCAUGAAGCCCAGGAUCAGUCAUUGUAGCGGAAAUAAAAGAAGAUAUUUUUUUAACUAUUUUUGAUUAUAAAAAUCUAGGAAUUUACUUUAUUUCUUUCGAAAUAAUAUUCAUUAUCUCCCAAGAAAUGCAACACUAUUAUGGGUAACAAUGGCGGAUUGAUGAAGUUUUCAAUGCAGUAAUCGAUUUGACGUUUGCUGUCAAUUGUCAUGUCAUAGUUGAUAUAAGGACGCCAUCUACUACAUCUACAAGAGUAGACCUGAAAUGGACUAUCUCCUUUAUUAUCAUAUUUGCCGACGAUUCGCGAUUUCGUCCGCGUAGUUCAUUUUCCCGUGAGAAUAAAAUAUAGCCUGUGACACUCACGAAUUAUGUGGUUUUCUAGUGAUAAAAGAAUGUUCAAAUUCGAUUCAGUAGAUGCAGAGAUUACCUCCUACAACACCACAAAGUUCACCCCUUUCUAAUAUUGGUAUAUAAAUAAGGUUACGAAAAAACCACUGCCAUCGUACACCGAGAAUCGAGAUUUAUACUUCCCGAAUUCUUAGCCCCAAUUCGUACGAGAGCUUUUUUAACGGGCGUCAAAAAAACGCUCAAAUAAAACAAAUGCAUUCCCAAGUAUAUAUAUUCGUACGACAGCGUUUUUAAAACGACGCUAGUUUUCGAGCAGUGUUGGAAUAUUAUUUUUUUUUGCGUUGAAAAUAGACCUUUAUUUAACUUCAUACCACGAGUAUAUUUGAACACUUUUUUUAUCGUCAGUUAAAAAAAACUCUCGUGCGAAUAAAGGAAAUAAUGCUGUAAAGUCGUGCAUUUUCAACGGCCAAUUCUUUAUCACUUGCACGUUUAUAGUAAGAGAUCCGGCAUAAGGAAUGUAUACCCUCAUCUGUUAUUUAUUUGGGAUAAGAAAUAAAUGAUAGAAAAUAUUCAUAUUGACACAUUGCAGAAAUGUUGCCUAGUAAAAUUGCGUCCUGUGAGUAUUAAAUUAUUGUUUUUUUACAAUUAUUUAAUCUACUUCCCUGUUUGCUUAAUUAAUAAAAAUCGUACACUAGUUGAAAUAAUAUAACCAACAUCAUUGAAAACGUAAAAGUUUGCAUCUGUGGGGUUGCCAAAUAUAAACAGUUAAUGUUAUACGGAUACCCUCAUCAGUUAUUUAGUCGUCUUAUAUGUCAAAUGAAUGCUUAUUUUAUGCUUAAUUUUACUGUAUUAAGUUGCCUUUGAUCUAGUGGUUUCCUAGAUUUUGUAUGAAACAUGUGUUUGGUUGCAAUUUGACUAGUCAAUCUUGCAAUGUGUCAAUGUGAAUAUUUUCUAUCAUUUAUUUAAUAUCCUAAAUAAAUAACAGAUGAGGGUCCAUAUUCCUUAUGCCUGAUCUUAGACUAUGCGAAUGAUCGCAGUACGUUAUAAUUUGUAGCGUAAAUUGAACGAACUAUGCAGUGUGUCUGUACUAUACAGUCAUUAUAAAUAGUUGUAUUAUUAUGUACAUUAUUGUUUUUCUAAUAUGUGUAUUAAGAUAGUGUAUUGGAUGAUUUAAAACGUCGGUUUUUCUUAGGAGCAUCGCUAUCAGGGGCUUAGCUACCGCCGACUCAGCCGUAUCAAUGAUACAGGCCCCCCAGACUAUAGGGGCUCCUUAUGUGAAAGCAAAAAUUAGUAAAAUUUAACCUACAAUCUCAGUCAAACUGGUGUUUCGCGGAGAUAAAAACUGCUAAAGAGAUUUUCGUGAUUCGCCGCUCGUCUAUACUCUAUUGGCCCCUCAACGAAUUUGGAUACAGGGCCCCUAAAAGGCAAGCUACGCCACUGAUCACUAUAUUUCAAUACAUUGACCCUAUUUAUAUUAGCUAAAUUCAACAGACUUCGUUUUUGUAAACUGAAAAAUUAAGUCCAAGAAAGACAUUGUCUAAAUUUCAUUGUCUUUGUGUGUUUACUUACUUUAUCAACGCGAUGCGUUACGGUCCGUUACGAAACGAAUUGUCAUAUUGUUUAGUUGAAUGAUGUCAUUCAAUUUUGGAGUCUGUUGAUGAAAAAUGUUGAUUACAGUUCGUGCGCUAUAGCGUGGUGCGGGUGACAGUUCGUUUCACUCUUGAAAGUUUGUUGCGAUUCACGAUGAUAGUUCGUUAUGAACGUCAUAAGGAAACUGUCACCCGCACUAUGCUACAGCGCACGUAGCAUAGAGUGAAUUUUUGACACGGAUAUUUAUGAAAGUUAUAUAAAUCAAUUUAGAAGUCUUCUUGAUUGGCUUCGUAGAUUUUGUACGGGCUGUGGCCUAUGACCAGGCGCCAUUUUGAUUUUUUCGAAAAUGCUGCCGCAUGUUAAGACCUGUAUUAUUCAGGUAAUAAAGAUUUUAUUUUAGAUAUGCCACUAACGCGUCGAAACUGAGUCACACAAAAGUGGCUAAUUGUCUUAAUUUCAUUUUGUUGCAUUGUAAACAACGAAAGUUGUUCAAAAAAAGCUUAUCUAAAUAUUGACUAAUAUGUCAAUGUGUGUGUUCAGGAAGUGUAAAAACUGUAUAUACAUAAAUAUUUAUAAAUGUAAGUUCUUAAUCAUAAAAAAUAAUCAUUCAAAAGAGCAACCGUUGAGUUUCUUGCCGGUAUCUUCUCAGAAGAACCUGCCUUCCGAACCGGUGGUAGAAUCUUUACAAAUAGUCAACUGACGUAUCAAAAGCUAUGCUAGCUGAGCCUACUUGAAAUAAAUGAUUUUUGAUUUUGAUUUUGAUUUUGAUUUGAUUUAAAAUUGUGCAUGUGUGCGUUCAGUGGAGUAGCUAAAUUCACUUUAUGCGGUAAUUUUGUAGGCGCGUAACAUAUCUGUAGUAUAAAAUAUCGUUGCCAGGUAAAGUCUAUCGAUUUAUAGGUCCCUGGGACAUCAUUUUCGAAAAAUUUCAAAAUGGCGGCCGGGCACCAAUCGUCGAACCGCUUAUGAGUAAAUGAUUAACUGCAAUAUCUAUAGACCUUAAUUUAUUAUCUACUAAACCAAGUUUAAAUAGAUAAGUUCAUAAAAUACAUACCUAGUUAGUAUAAUUAGAAAUGUAUAGGUAUUUUAUACACGUAAUUAACGCCUCUUACCGACUUGAUCUGAGGGCCUAGUGGCAGUUUGAUACUAUUACUAUCGCGUUAACGUAAACGCGAAUUUAUAAGGAAUUGAAACAGCGCCAUCUAGUGACACUAUUGCUCAACUAUUUCAAUUCCAUAUAAAUUUGCGUUUACGUCAACGCGAGUAACAGUAUGAAAAUAUCGAAAACUCCCACUAGGCACACAGAAUGUAUAAUUCAUGCGAAACUCGACUCUAUUGUUUUUUCUGUAAAAUACAAAUUCCUUUAACUUUAAUUUAUGUUAAUUUUAUGCGUGUCUGCCUUCUGUCUAGUGUGUAUAGUAAUGGUUGUUAAUAUUAUUACUUAAUUAAAAAAACACAAUUAAUAAAAA